AUAGGUCCAAACUCGGCGUUAGGCAUCUUCUUUGUUGCAGAGUGUAUUUCCCAGAAAGGGGUUUAUCGUUAUUAGGGUUUUUGUUCUUCUUCUCCAAGUGAAGCUUCAAAACAAAAAUGAGAUCUUCACUCCUUUCCUCACCGAUUCCUCAAUUCCGUCCCCGCUCCUUUGCAAACCCUAAGACUCUCUGUUCACAAUCUCAAUUUCCUGAAAAACCCGCUUCAGAAAACAAUUUUCCUGGAAAACAAACUUUCUCUGAUUCCAAACUGAUCGAAUUCACCUUACUCAGCUCGCAAGAUACAUUAUUGAAAACAAAUUCUGUUGAUACUCUUUUAAGUCACAAAAAUGACCCAAUGUCUGCUUUGACCUGCUUCAAUCGAUUGAAGGGCAGAAAUGAGUUUGGGAGCCUCGAUUCUUUUUGCGUUCUGCUUCACAUUUUGACAAGGUCCUCAGAGACUAUUCGACACGCACAGAAUAUGCUUAACCGAUUUGUUUCGUGUGAUUCGAACCCCAUUCCUACUAUCAUUCUCAAUCACUUAAUUGAAACAGCAAAAAGGUUUGAUUUUGAAUCCGAUUCACUGGCUUACAAUUACUUGUUGAAUAGUUGUGUUAGAGCAAACAAGUUAAAUGACGCCAUUGAUUGUUUUAAUAUAAUGAUGGAGAGCAAUAUCAUUCCUUGCUUUCGAUUUCUCAACAUACUUCUGACUGCAUUAGUUAGGGAUAACAUGAUUUAUGAAACGCAUAAAGUCUAUAAUGAGAUGGUUUUAAAAGGGAUGCAUGGUGAUCGAUUUACAGUUACUAUAAUGAUGCGUGCAAGCUUGAAAGAAAACAAGCCUGGGGAGGCGAAGAAAUUUUUUCGCAAUGCGAAGGAUAGAGGGGUGGAACUUGAUGCUGCAGCUUAUAGCAUUGUUAUUCAGGCUUUUUGCAAGAUUCCUGACGUUAAUUUGGCUUGCGAGCUGUUAAGCGAGAUGAGAGACAAGGGGUGGGUUCCAUCUGACAAUACCUUUACCAGUGUAAUAUUUGCUUGUGUAAAGCAAGGAAAUAUGGCAGAAGCGUUGAGGUUUAAGGAUGAGAUGGUAAACUGUGGGAAACAACUGAAUGUGGUGGUGGCAACAAACUUGGUUAUGGGUUAUUGCAAGAAAGGUGAUUUUUGUAGUGCUUUAGAUUUAUUUGAUAAAAUGAACGAGCGUGGACCCAGUCCAAACAAGGUUACUUAUGCAGUUAUGAUUGAAUGGUGUUGUAAGAAUGGGAAUAUGGAUAAAGCUUAUGAACUUUAUACCCAAAUGAAAAAAAAGGAUGUCUGCCCUUCUGUCUUCACGGUGAAUUCCUUGAUUCGUGGAUUUCUGAAAAUGCAAUCACUUGAAGAGGCAUACAAGUUGUUUGAUGAAGCAGUUGCAUUUGGCAUUUCCAAUGUGUUCACCUAUAAUCAUCUCUUAUCAUGGCUCUGUAAAGAGGGGAAGGUGAGUGAAGCAUACCGUUUAUGGGAAAAGAUGGUGUCCGAAGGGGUGCAACAUACUGAAGUUUCUUACAACAGCAUGAUACUUGGCCAUUGCAGACAAGGCAACUUGGAUAUGGCCUCUAGUGUAUUUUCAGAUAUGCUUAAAAGGGGUUUAAAACCUAAUGUAAUCACAUAUUCUGUUUUGAUGGAUGGAUAUUUCAAAAGAGGUGACAUCGAAUAUGCUUUUGAUUUGUUUGACCGCAUGGUGGAUGAAAAUAUUGUCCCAUCCGAUUUCACCUACAAUACCAUAAUCAAUGGUUUGUGUAAAGUUGGUCGCACAUCUGACGCACAAGAUAAGCUGAAGAAGUUUGUGGAGUGUGGUUUUGUUCCCAUCUGCUUAACAUACAACAGCAUAAUUGAUGGAUAUUUGAAGGAAGGAUCUAUUAGUUCUGCUUUGACCACUUACAGAGAAAUGUGUGAAAGUAGAAUUUCUCCUAAUGUUGUCACCUACACUACCUUGAUUAAUGGAUUUUGCAAAAGCAAUAAUAUUGGUCUUGCUAUGAAGAUGCGAAAUGAGAUGAAAAACAAGGGUCUUGAACUGGAUGUUGCUGCAUAUUGUGCUCUUAUAGAUGGAUUUUGCAAACGACGAGACAUGAAAACUGCAAGUCAGCUUUUUUCUGAACUUGUAGAAGUUGGGUUGCCUCCAAAUUCAAUAGUUUAUAAUACCAUGAUAAGUGGCUACAGGAAUCUUGGCAAUAUGGAAGCAGCACUCAACUUGCAUAAAAGAAUGUUAAGUGAGGGGAUUCCCUGUGACUUGCGAACUUACACUACACUGAUAGAUGGAUUGCUAAAAGAGGGCAAGUUACUCCCUGCAUCAGAUCUUUACUCAGAAAUGUUAGCCAAUGGUAUCAUGCCUGAUAUAAUAACUUUUACUGUUUUGAUAAAUGGUCUUUGUAAUAAAGGACAAGUAGAAAAUGCACAGAAAAUUUUGCGAGAGAUGGAUAUGAAGGAUAUGACACCGAAUGUUCUUAUUUAUAAUGCCCUGAUUGCUGGGCAUUUUAAAGGGGGAAGUCUAGAAGAGGCCUUUAGACUGCAUAAUGAGAUGCUUGACAGAGGUCUUGUUCCUAAUGACACCACCUAUGAUAUUCUUGUAAAUGGAAAUGUCAGUGAUGGAAAUUCUCGUUCUGGAGUUUCAUGUGUUUGAGUAGCAAGUCGAACUUCCUAUCGUAAUUCCCACUGUAGCUUUAGCUCUUCAAGAUAAAAUUUACAGAUAAAAAGAGCUUCAUGCAAGGCGAUAUCCCAUGGCUGCUUGCUCAACUAUUCACCAUCUGCCUCUGAAGGAUGUUUAAUAUGAUAUUCAUGGAAAGUUGGAAACUUUGGAAUUUGUUGGUUGCUUGCAGCAUUCUCUAUUAUGGAGGAUGAAACCUGGAUUAUUUUGAAUGUUCUCACCGGUAGGAGCUAUAGAAUUACUUCUCCUUUUUAUUUUCUUGUCAUUUGGUGUUCACUAUGAUAAAACCUAUGCUACGUUCAAAGGACUAGUUGAAGGAUUUGUUGGGUUGAAAUUUAGCAUGGUCUUUUAUGUCUCCGUUGAAAUUCUGAAAAUCCCCUGCAUUUUCCAGGGCUGUUGUUGGAGGCAUGCAUGCGUUGCUUCCAAAGGUCUAAUGAAGAUGGUGGGGAUCACUACCAUGCACGAUUCAUGUGGCCAAUACCACUUUCAAUGCUUUACCAUUAUGCCAAUUGAUGUCCAGUUUCGGAUAUCAUUGUUACCAUAAUACCAUAGUUCAUUCCUGGAAUGCUGGAACCAUGCACAAAAUAUGUGGAGGAAGUGAAAGUAUAAGUUUGAAUAGGCAGCCAUGAAAUUCUGACAUGUAAGCUCAGUUCAAACUUUUAAGUUGAAUUUUCCAUAUCAAAGGAAAGUAGACUGCUAGUGUCAGGCAUGUUUUGCUUUUAUAGAGUAUCUACCAUCUAUACCCUGCCAAUACAGGGGGAGUUGGGAUAGCUUGAAAGCUCAUUUGAUUAUGGGCAUAGCCUAGUGAACUCAUGAAAGAUUCAGAUGAUUCUGUUUGUGCAUUUGUGAUGAUCUUGAUUGAUAGGCAACAUAUCAUGGUUUUCUUACCCUCUUCA